AUGCACCAAGAGCAUUCCGAGCAACAUGCACGAAGAGCACUUCGGUACUGCGCACCCAAGAGCACCUCGGCACACACCAAUGCACUUGGUACACAUGCACCUGAGAGCACUUUGCACACAGGCACCCAAGAGCACCUGCACCAAGCACUUUGGUACACAUGCACCCAAGAGCAUUUCUGCACACUGCACCCAAUGCACCUUCUGGCACACAUGCAAAGAAGCACUGGCACAUGCACCAAGAGACUUGCACACAUGCACUCCAAGAGCACUGGUUCACAUGCACCAGAGCACUUCACACAUGCACCCAAGAGCACUUGUACACCCCCCAAACUGGCACACGGUGCACCCAAGAGCACUCUGAUCACUUCUGCAAGUGACAUAACCACGCACUCGCAUGCACCCAAGAGCACUCUGCACACAUGCACCCAAGAGCACACCUGCACUUGCACACGUGCACCCAUGCACAUGCACAAGACAUUUUAUUGCACACAAAUCCAACUCUGA